AGGAGGAGGUCAGCCUCGCUCGCUCGGGUCGUCGUCCUGCCGCCACUGAGAGCCUACCGCCAGAGGCAAAGGCGGCGGCAGCUCGGCCCCUUUAAGGCCGAGACUGGCGUAAGGCGAUCCCGCAGUGAGUGCCAGCCUGUCGCUGCAGUAGCAAAAGCCUGUGCCGGGGAAGCGCCGCGCGUGGGUGUGAAGGGCUCUCCCCGCCGCAGGGACCCGCCAGAAAGGAUGGGAGGGCACGGUAAGCCCUCAGCUGUACUGGAGGAACUUCCUCCAACCUAAGGAGCCUUCCUCUGACUCAAGUGGCUCUUCUGCUGGACGAAGCAGAGCCACAUUGGCUGGACGAAAGCUUCAAACUUUGUUCUGUGGAGUGGCUGAAGAAUGAUGGCGGUCUCCAAUAAACUCAUUCUGGGAGUUGGUGUUAGUAGUUUUGCUAUAUUUCAACUUCUCUUCCAUGUAAUAAGUUCUUGGCUGUCUGCACGUUUAACUUGCGGUUUUAAUAAUCUUGACCAAAACAAGAAGAUUGAAUGGAAUUCAAGGACAGUAUCGACAUUCCAUGCCUUGGUGGUUGGACCAUUUUGUUUCUAUAUUUUAUUAUACGAUGAAGCUGUUAAUGCUGACCAUGUAUGGGGUGAUCCUUCUUUAGUGAAACUAAAUCUUGCCAUUACUACAGGCUACCUCAUUUCAGAUUUGUUGCUUAUUAUUUUCUACUGGAAGGCGAUUGGGGAUAUAUUUUUUGUAAUUCACCAUUUAUUAGGACUCUAUGCUUACUACUUUGUACUGGAUAGAGGAUUAUUGGCAUAUUUUGCUAACUUUCGUCUGCUUGCAGAAUUCUCUACCCCUUUUGUGAAUCAGCGGUGGUUUUUUGAAGUGUUGGGGUAUUCCAAGUCUUCAAAAGGCAACAUUAUCAAUGGAAUACUCAUGACAGUCAUGUUCUUCCUGGCGAGGAUUGCAGUCAUGCCAGUUUACUAUAGCCAUGUUGCUUUUGAAUAUGGAACAGAAGCUUUCCACAGAUUAGGAUUUGCAGCUCAAAGCGCCUGGUUUAUCUCUAGCAUUCUAUUGGAUGUCAUGAACUUAAUGUGGAUGGUCAAAAUUACAAAGGGAUGUUACAAAGUUGUUUGUCUUAUUGGACAAGGAGAAGUCAAAGCUCAUAAGAAUGGAAAAUCUGACUAGAAGACUUAAAAAAACACCUCUUGACAGCAUUUUUUUUGUUUUUGGUUCAUCAAAUGAACAAUACACACUUUUGCCAUUAAAAUUUUCUCUUAAGGAAAGAAGGCAUUACCUCUGUUUAAAUUUAGCCUUUCCCUUGUCUGGCUGUCUGGGCACCCAGGGCCACUUCGUUUAAAGACUUAACAUUUGCUGAAAUGGGAAACAAAUAUAUGCUGCAUAUACCUUGGCAGCAUGUUUUAAUCACAAAUGAACCUGUAAAGGAACAAACUCUUCUAGCACUACGUUCCUAAGAAUUUUCACUCAGGUUUCUUCGACUAAUGUGUUUUUAAUGCCUGUGAAUGUCAGGAUCUCUAGUUUACGUUAUGUUAAUAUGACAACUUUCCUGGCAUGUUUUUCUGCUUUCUCAGUGUUUGGUGUUCAUAGCUGAGGUUUCCUGUUUUGACAACUUUUUUUAAAAAACAUUUUUGCAAGUAUUUUUCUUUGAAUCUGUGAUCUUUUACUGCAUUUUCUGCUGCCUUACAUGCAUGGAUACAACCUUUUGGGAUAUAUAGAGUAAUUUUACAUAAACUGAUCUAAAUUAGAAUUUGGGAGUUAUUUUUCUUUUUUUUAACUCAUUAUAUUCUGCUGUGGAUAAACUGCUGUUCUUCUCAUUCUUUUAAAAAAUUAUCUGGAUUCCAUCACAUGUUAGCAUGUUAUGCUAUUUGGAGAUAAAAACAAAAUUCUUACUCCAGGGUUACUUCUGUGUCAUGGCUGUUGGGACAUGUAUAUGUUUUUAGUGUAUUGUCAUAUAACUAAGACAUUUUUAUGGUGUAUAACUUAAUGAACGAGAAACCUUUAAUAAGUUUGGAUUGUACAUUAGUAUCAAAAUAGCUGCUGAAUUUGUCAAGCAAAGUUUAAUCUUUUUCUAAUUUCAUUCCAUUUUCAUUUUAAAAUAUGUUAGAAAAAACUGCCCACUGAUACCAAAUUAUACUUCUUUCAAAAACAUUUUUCUUUAAUUCUUUCUACCUUUCAACAGCAGCUUUACAAAGCUCAUACUUUAAUUGCUGUCAUAAAACAGCUAUUCUUCAAAGUCACGGAGCCUUUAACAGAAAUUUGCAAACAUGCAUUGCUGAUGAUGAAGACUAACUGAAAGGAAGCCUUUGUAAAGAUAAAAUUAUUGAAAAACAUAGUUGCGUUAAUUGUACACACAUUCUCUUCUAUUGCCUACAGAUUUUCUUCUUUCUGUAUUUAUUCUUGAACUGUUUCUCAAAUAAUCAAAUAUUCACUUGUGUUUGUGUUUAAAGUUUUUAAAUAUUGUGUGUCAUAAUUUGCUGCUAAUAUGGUGUUUAUUUUUACGACUGAUGAAAAUAUGCAGGAACACAGGCUGUUUGGACUUCUUAUUUUUGAGCAGGCUUCAUGUUCCUAUUGUGUAUUGGCCUAUUGCUGCUUUAGCAAAUCUUAUACAACAGAUUAUUCAUAUUCUGAAACAGAUAAUAGCCUGUGGCUACUAGAUAAUAUAGGUAUAAAGAAAGUGUUACUAAAACUUGCAGAUUCUUUACUUUUUCAGACCUUUCCAAAUUCUGUGUAUCUUGGUAAACAAGCUCAUGGUCUUAGAAGAUUAUAAAGAGUGCUGUCAUCUUAAGUAGCCCCCCCCCCCCCUUUGUCAUGUCAUUUGAACCACUUCAAAUCAUCAUCGGUUCAAAUCAUGUUUAUUUCUUAAAGGUCUGGGAAAACAAGUAGUGACUUUCAUGCGUGAAAGAUCUGUCACAUUUCAAAAGCCAUCAAAGAGAUUUCCGGUUCCCUUGAAAACUGGACUUUCAGUGGAGACCACUCACACUUUCAGCUCUGAGUCAUCAAUUACUACACAUCAAUGUGUGAACCAGCCUGCAGCUAUUAUUUACCAAAUAGUCAUUUUUCUAUCCAAAAGGUAGGAAUGGGGGACAGAAAAACCUUGUAAAAAUUCAAAUAUAAAUAUCUGCUUUUUCCCCCUUGGUGGAAAUGUGAUGAUUGCGAAUGACCCAUACUUUUUAUAGUCCAGGCUUGUUACAUGAUAUAAGACAGCUGUUCUCUGCUGACAAGUACUGGGUGCUGUUUGGGCUUCUUGUUUUGAUUUGCCAUUUCUGAUUUAGUAAAGUGCCUUGUUACAGGUUCUAAUACAUUUGCUAUUUGCAAAGUGGCUGCCUUGAGCUAACAGUUGAAAUAGGACUGAAUAUUUUUUAAAUCCUACAUUUAAAAUUUCGCUGAAAGUAAUGUCCUGAUCUAAUGUGCUAAGAACAAUAUUCAAGAAAAUGGAUUUUCACCAAUACAGGAACACUGAACUAACUGUGAAGCUCCUCUUGCUUUGGUUUAGAACUAAUUGUGCAACCCUCUGUGGGUUUUCCUGGGAGAGAAAGGAGUUUCUCAUUCUCCCCUCAGUGCCCGCACCACUGAAUUGCCUCUUUGGAGGCAGUGCUGCGUUGUUGUCUCCAGCCACUGUUCUACUGCUCCACCUUGGAUUGGGCUGUGAAAGGUUGGGUUUCUGUGCAUGUCCAUCAGUUCAGACUUGUUUUGCUCACAGAACACUUUUAAGAUCAACGCAACUUUUUUGAGAUUUAUCAUUUCAAGCACAGGUCCCAUUAUCUAUGUAGCAGCCAUAGCAGAGUGGUAAAUCUCCACCACUACAAUCACCUAGAUGCGAUAAGGAUGUUGUUCUUCUCUGAAAGACCCGCUUUCCUCACUACUGUUACAAUGAUUGCUACAAAUUGAAUCCAGUUGUGGGUACCAAAUCCCAUUGAACAAGGAAGUCCAAAUGUGUAUGCGGGUGUCUGGCAGAAUCAGCAGGGGUGGCCUUUAAGUAUCUGUAUCCAUACUGGUUUAGUGUGUGGGCAAAGCCGAAUUAAAUGGCUGUGGCCUUUUGAUUUUUCUGGGAGUUGGCAUUAGGACAAAAGCUGCUUCUCAGUUUGUCCACACAGUAUCAUGUAGCAUCCCAUGUUUACAGCAGAACACGAUUAGUAUACAUUGCAACUCACUUUGCUUUUGAAUUGGACUAGAGAAUGACAGUACUUUGCAGCAUCUGAAAAUCCUCUUCCACACAUUUCAGUUGUACUAUUUGAAAUAGCCCUUCAUACAUAUAGUAUAGCUGGCUGAUAGCCAAAAGGUGUACUAGGCAGCUAAAGCCUUCAUCCAGUUUUUUUCCAGUUGCGUUGUAAAGAUUGUAGUCUGAAGAUAAAUUUUCUGAAAAAUCACAGUAUCUGUAAAAACUUUCCAUAUGGCUCCCUGUACCAUAGCCUAUAGCUUGGAAAGUUCAAAGUGUUUCUACACUGAACCUUUCGGAUAACUGAAAGUGCUAUUUAUCGAGUAUUGAAAUCAAUAUGGACUUCAUGGAUUUGGUUCAUAAGCGGUGUUAAAUCAGCAGUGUUUAUUACUGGAAAAUGAUAUAAAUAAACUAUUAUCUUCCCUUUUUCCCUUUUACUUACUGGAGCAGGAGAGCAUAUUCUUUAAGUUUUUACAUUUGAAAUGCUAUAUAUAUUGGAAUUAAUACAACUUCCUUAUUUGUAGAAGGAACUGGCAUGUACCAUGCUAGGCUAUUUUCACCAAAAAAACAUAUAAGAUGCAUGAUCAGAAAGCUCACUUUUAUUUAAACAAGGUAAACUGCUUUACUAACACAAUACCAAAGCAGUGUGCACUUUCAUUCAACGUAAGAUUUUUUUUAAAGAUAUGAUUCACCAUGAAGAGAACUUGCAUGCUAUGGCAGUGAAUGUUUUCUGGUAGUAUCCAUUGGAAACUCUUUGCUAUCCUCCUACCUUAAGUUUGAGGGGUGUAUCUUCAAUUGAGUGUAUUUUAGAAUGCUCUCAUAAUACAAUUAUAUAAACUCUUACUAUCAAAAUAGCAUAAUACUGAAGGGUUGAGAAUGGUCAAAGUGUGCCCACUGGAUUGCAUUCAACCUUCCACAUAAUUUUUCUGACCUUCACAAACAUGCCUGUACAUAAAUUUUAUACGUGUACUUGAGGGUGUAUGUGGAGAUCAUGCGCUGAGUAGAGAGAUGGCACGAAGACAAAAAAAAGGGGGGGAGGAUGAAGCCUGGCUGAGUUAUGGCAAGUGCCUCUUGAAGGCUCAUAUUAUAUACUCCCCUAUUUUCCUUGCUUAGUGGCUAGAAUGCUUGUGCAUCUUUCCCAUCUACUCAUGACACUGAUGGUCAAACUAUACAUGCAAAGUUCCUGAAAUCUUUCAUGUUAAAAAGCAACCAUGGGCACCUCUGAUUUUUUUCCCCAGGAGCAUGGCACUGGAUGGUUAUUUAUGUCUGAACAGGAACCACGUUGGCAAGAUAAUUAUGGCAAGUUUGAAUUUGCUGGUGGAAGAAAUCAUUAUUAAGCAGUACCUAAUGAUGGGCACAAUUCCCAUUGCCCUCUGAAUGAUUUGUACAUCACAUCUCUAAGCAUGUUUACUAACAAAGCAUCCCACAGAGUCCAGUGGUUCUUGCCUAGCAAGUGUGGUUAGAACUGAAGUGUUAGGAGUGAGGUUUCUUGUGCAUCUUGCACCCAUUUUGGUAGUGCAUAUCACAAGAAGUGUUCUUGGUGGACUGAGUCCAAUAACUUGCCAGUUGUCAAUAGGACCAACUUCACAGGUAGCAUUUUAUUUUGCAGUUCUAGCCAUAACUUCAGUUUUAUCUAUAGAAAAAUGUUGCUUCAGCAUGUACCUAAAUUUGAAGAAACAGUCUUGUUUGUCCAUUUUAGAACUUUGUGGCUGAGGAACAACCAAAAAUGCAUGAGCAUUUCUGUCCUGGUUGAGUUUGGCUCUCUAGCGAAGGAGUUUUUAUGAUCAGAAAGAUCCCUAAUGUAAGGCUAAAUAACAAAGAACUCAAAUUUAGCUUUACUACGCACUUUUUGUCUUAUUCUAAUACUACCCCUAAAACGUCUCCAGAAAUAACAAAAUAUAUUAGUGUUACAAAAAUUGCUAUCAACAUUCAGAUUUAAUGGCCCAGAUGAGGACUACAUUUUGCUGCAUAGCAGAAAACCUUAAUUGUUGCUUAGUGGCAAAGAAAUUGUACAACUGUACAAUCAAUUGUACAAUUCAGUUUUGGUUUGGGACCUGUUCUUUGCCGUGCUGCAUGGUAAGCUGUUUUUUUUUUUAAACAGUGGCUAGUUUGAAAGCUGCCCGCCUUGCCAUUUGGUGUGUGUGUGUGUGUGGGGGGGGGGGGGGUUAAAAUUCACAGUACAUGCAGGCAAGACCUUGUGUACACCUGAAGUAUAAACUCUUUUGAUCCCAGACAAUGAUAACUUGACAAUCCUUUGUAACAUGUCAGUCUUUACUACAAUUUAGCCCUCCAAUAUCUUAUAUGAAUGAUUUAAAACAAGUAUGAGGCAACAAAAUAUAUCCUCAUACUAGUUACUUGGGUUUGACAUGUUUUUGGAACUGUGAUUUUUUUGUAAACAAAAGUAUGUAUUAGCUUGACUUCACUGAUAAUGAUCAUAAAAUACUUGGGGUUUUUUUUAACGCUUAAAAUCACAAGGCAAAUUAUUAGCCCUCUGGUGGGAAAACUAAGAACUUGAGCAUAUUUGCACUAGUAUUCUCGUAUUACCUGAAAAAUCAAGCUAAAAGUCCAACUGGUAUUAUAUGAGUACAGGCACCUUGUAUCCAGAAGAUAAAUAUUAGAAAACAAAUGAAAAAAUCCUGAGAAUUGUUUAUUGUACUGUAAUACAUUCCUAUGCUAAAAUUAUCUAGCGUUGAAGUACCUAGUUAGAUCCUCUCUUUGAAGAAACAAACUGUUAGAACUGCAUAAAUCAGAUUCGAUAGGGAUUGUGGUUUAACGUUACAGAAUAACAUAUUUCAAAUGAACAAGUGAGAUUUUAAAAUGUAGAGCAGAAAGGUUUUUUUUUAAAGCAGUUGCUGCUGGUUGUUGAAAUGUAUUAUGGAACAUAAUCAGAAAUCUGAUUCCAGUGUACAGUCCCAUGAAUUUGGGUGUUAUUUCCAUUCUUAAGUUUCUCCCAAAAGUUUGUUUUUUUAAAAAAAAUAAGUGAUCCAUGUAUCAGGCAGUACUGCUGGUUUUAAUGUUAUAUGUUUUCUUUUAAUUCACAAAAUUAAAAUCCAUGCAACAAAUCAAAAGCACUGCUGAUCGGCAAAUUAAUGCUGGGAAAAAGAGUGCAAUUUAGAGUCUGAUAGGAGGCCUUAGUAAAUCAUAGCACAAGUUUAAUAAAGGUGGUACUGAAAUUCCAUACGGGGAUGGAAUGAAGAUGACAUCUGCGAAUCUAUCCAUAAUAAACUGAUAUCCUACAAUAACAGCAGUGAUGUUGCUUCAAAUUAUAAUGGCACAAGAAAUGGGGAGAGAUGUAUUGAUUCCGUAGAAUGAAGUGGCUGUACGAUUUGUGAACUUAAUAUGAUCUGACCAUCUGCUUGAUUAGUCUUACAUGUUGCUUGUGAGAGAGGCGUACACAUGAGUUUGCACUUUGCUGGUAUUUGAAAGCCUUGCUGUUUUGUAAAAUAUGUGUAGGCUGAUCUUGUUCGAGGUUAUAUGCAAUAAUGUCUAUGAGCAAUAAGUUGCAUGUGUAUUCAAGGUACUGGUACAUAAGAAUAAAAGGAAAAGAAUGCAGUUA